GGAAUCUGCAGUUCCCGAGGUGGUGCUUCGGUGCGGAGAGGGAGUGAGCUUUGAGCCCGUCGUACCAUGGCGAGGAAUCUGGUGGUGGUGCUGGGCCUCGCGCUCCUGCUGCUGUUCGGCGCCGCUUCCGCGGCCCCGACCUCUUCGCCCGCGAAGAUUGUUCAAGGGAUCUUCUCGAACGUUGCGGCUGCGCUGGUGAAGUGGCUGUCGUCGGUGAGGGCCAGGGCCACCACCAAGACAGCCAUUGCUGGGCGUCCGAUGAUGAAGUUCGAGAGCGGGUACACGGUGGAGACGGUGUUCGAUGGGAGCAAGCUCGGCAUCGAGCCUCACUCGGUUGAAGUGCUGCCCAGUGGAGAGCUGCUCAUUCUAGACUCUGCUAGUAGCAACCUCUACAGAAUGUCGUCAUCUCUCUCGUUAUACAGCAGACCGAAACUGGUUGCGGGUUCACCGGCUGGAUAUGCUGGGCAUGUAGAUGGAAAGCCCAGAGAAGCUAAGAUGAACCAUCCAAAAGGCCUUACCGUAGAUGACAAAGGGAACAUUUACAUUGCAGAUACCAUGAAUAUGGCCAUCAGAAAAAUCAGUGAUUCAGGGGUUACAACAAUUGCAGGAGGGAAAUGGGGGAAGGGAGGCGGCCAUGUUGAUGGCCCGAGUGAAGAUGCUAAGUUCUCUGAUGAUUUUGAUGUCGUCUACAUAGGAAGCAGUUGCUCCUUACUUGUCAUAGACAGAGGAAAUCGUGCUAUCAGGGAAAUUCAUCUCCAUUUUGAUGACUGUGCAUAUCAAUAUGACAGUGGUUUUCCUCUUGGGUUUGCAGUGCUGCUUGGAGCAGGUUUCUUCGGUUACAUGCUGGCUUUGCUUCAAUAUAGAGUGAGCACGAUUGUGUCAUCCCAAAAUGAUCAGUCUGAAAUGAAAGACAGUCCACCCAGUCCAUAUCAGAAGCCUUCGAAAUCAUUUAGGCAACCUCUAAUCCCAAGCGAAUAUGAACAGGAGAAGCAAGAAGAAGGGUUCUUUGGAUCCCUAUUUAAGCUUCUUAUGAGCACUAGAUCAUCUGCUCUGGAGAUAAUGGGAGGAGUUUUCCCUAGUCUGCGCAAGAAGUCAAUUGACUAUCAGCCUUUGCACGAGCAGCAGUACUAUCAACAGCAAAAGCAUCCGAAUGCUUGGCCGGUGCAGGAGAGUUUUGUGAUACCGGAUGGAGACGAGCCACCUUCAAUCGAAACUAGGGAUCAAACUCCGAAGAAAACAUAUCCUUUCAUGUCCAAAGAUGCGGAAAAGAUGCAUCAUCUGAGACAGAGUCGAGCUUUCUACAACGGAUGGGACGGAGAUCUCGGUCGCCAUCCGCAGAAACAGCAGCAUCAUCACCGCUAUCAUUCAUCCAUCCCUCAUACGUACUACGAGCAGAGCUUCGAGAAAACCAACGAGGUAAUCUUCGGGGCAGUUCAAGAACAGGAGGCAAGGCGUGAAGCAACGGUAAUAAAGCCGGUCGAUUACGGAAACCCAAUUUAUGAUCAUCACAACAUCCGCUCUCGAAUGAACGCGAUGGGCUACCGUGGUUAUUAAUGAGGAAGAAAGGGAGCAUCUUCAAAUCGUGCUCUCGUUCUUUUUACCUCUAUAUUGGCCUCCUAUGUUUUGCCUGAAGGCAGUAUCGGGAUUGAUCUUAGAGAGACAGGAGAAAAAGAAGUGUGGCACCGGAUUUUCGGAGGCGAAGCGCUUCGAUUAGGUUCAGUCGAAAUGUUUGUAAGCCAGUGUAAGGGUAAUAGCACCAUGAUGAAAUCUGUGUCCUGCAUUUGUCCUGGAGGAUGCCCUUUUCUUCUCAGUUGAACAUGGCCGCUAUUCUAUAAACUAUAAACUACAAAACAUUUCAGUAACGACAGUGCAGUUGCCUAGAAUAAGACCGAGGUUGUGUGGA